AUGUCAGCUCCUCAAUUGAAAGAAGUGAGGUCUCCGAUCGACCAGGACGGUCUCCGCGCAUACUUGUCCAAGCUCACUUCUUCCACCUCCGACAAAAACAACGGGGCACCACUACAGACGAUAAUCAGCCACAAUGCCCACCUCCCCGCAUCAUACACCACCAUCAAACAAUUCACAUUUGGCCAGUCGAACCCCACAUACUACCUAGAAGACGCGAGUGGCCGCUCGUUUGUCUUGCGCCGCAAGCCCACGCAGAACGCCAAGCUAGUCUCGAAGUCUGCCCACGCCAUCGAGCGCGAAUUCUACAUUCUCAACGCCAUCAACAUCUUGAACGAGUCAGCGAGGCUCAAGAUCCCCGUGCCGCGAGUCCACUUGCUAUGCGAAGAUGAAAGUGUGCUCGGGUACGUCUUCUACAUUAUGGAUUACGUGCAGGGGAUCCAGAUCAAGAACCCCGCGCUCUUGCCCGCGAUAGAGGAGUCCGAUACGCAAACCCGCGAAACCAUCUGGCGCAGCAUAACCGAGACUGCCGCCGCGAUACACUUGCUCGACGCAGAGGCAUUGAUCCAGUUAUUGCCGCCAUCGCAUUUCCCGCAGUUUCAGAAUUUGGCAAAGUUGAAAAAGUCGAGCUAUUUCAGUAGACAGCUACGCACCUUGACCCAGAUUCACCAGAAGCAAUCCGAGUACGUUGACCCGAUCCCGGAUUUCGACAAGAUCACCCUGUUUCUCGCAUGGAGCGCUCCGCCGGACCCGGAGAAGUUGAGCUUGGUGCAUGGCGACUUUAAAAUCGACAACUUGCUAUUCGACCCCGUCACAUACCAAGUCGUAGCAGUGUUGGACUGGGAAUUGUGCACCAUCGGCCACCCUUUGUUUGACUUGGCCAACUUCCUACAACUAUUCGCGGUGCCGAACCAACUCGCGCAGAUGUUGAUGCGCCCCGUCAAGGCUACCAUAGGUAAAGAAGACGCAGCAUCGCAAGAAUUUCUCGUGCAUGAGUUAACGCAGUACUCGCGUCUAGCUAAUUGGGGCAAGGGGCAGGAUCCCGUUGAGUUGUGGACUGUGGGUCACGUGUUUGGAUUGUUGCGGUUGUGCGUUAUAUCGCAGGGGAUCGCGAUGCGGGUCAAGCAGGGCAAUGCCUCGAGUGCCAAUGCCGAAAUGUUUGCUUCUGCUUAUCCGACCUUGAGUGGCUUGUGUGUUGAUGAUAUUGAUGAGUUCGAACUGCUGGUGGCUAAGAAUAAGUCGAAAAUUUAA